AUGGCGUCCUCGCCCUCGUUCCCGAAGACGUUUACCUCUCCUCCACCCGAAACCGAAACCUCUUCGCCUCAAAAUACCAUGCCUACACGCGAUCGCUCAGCAGGGCGAAAUGUCCACAUCUACGACUUGAAUGAUCCUACCACCGUAAUUGGCGGCCUACUCCUCCUACCCGGUGUCACAAAUGCCAACUUCUAUACAAUGAUAGAGAUUAUUAUUAUAUUCGAAGGGCCUUUCUUUCUACAAAAUGAGAACGAAACGAAGAUUGAGAAAGACGACUAUCCACUUCAACCUGGAAACUAUUACAUUAUUACUACUCAUUCUUUUCGACUUAAUGAUGAGCCAUGGCUCGUCCGGACAAUUAGUCUAGCUACUGGAAGUCGAGUCGCUACCUUUACCGAGGCCGUUCGUUCACGAGACCGUCAAUGUAUUAUAUCUGGACGGUCUAUACCUACAUUUAACGGUAUCGACUUCUGGGGAGGCUUUAAAGCUGCACAUAUUUUUCCACUCGCCUACGAAGGUAACUGGAUUAAACAGAAUUACGGCCGAUGGAUUACAAGUCAACCAGUACAAGGGGGGUCUAUUAACUCAGUUCAGAAUGGAAUGUUACUCAGCUCCCAUAUACAGCAACUAUUCGAUUCAUACUCUAUCUCGAUUAAUCCGGAUGACAACUACAAGAUUGUAGCCUUUCAGCCUACAGCGUUUGAUAUUGAAGGCAAGUAUCUUAAUCGGGAGUUAUUUACUCGCCCUAACGCGCCUGCUGAUCCGCUUCUACGAUGGCACUUUAGACAGGCUGUCCUGGCGAACAUGAGGGGUGCUGGAGAGCCGUGCUUCGAACAUGACCUCCCGCCUGGUUCUGAUAUUGUUGGUGAGAUACUUCGGGGUCCGAAGUCAGGUGAAAGAAUGGAAUUUGAGCUGUUUAGUCGUCUCGGUGCUCAAAUAGAGUUAUAUCCGUCGGCAGGCGGCAUCAUCGUCGUCCGGCCACUCAAUUUGCGCAGAUGA